UGUCAUGUUAAUCAAGGUCGGGUGUGUAAGUAGUGGUUUUAGUCGGGUUUCAUUGUAUUGGUCGCCGUUGUAUAGCAUUUACUAUUGAGGACUUAGCACAAAUUUCAUUGUAGACCACCACAGCAGCCUCAAAACAGCACUGUUUAGGUUAGAAAUUUUCUGAGGAAAGAUACUGUCCGUUAUAUCAUGCAGUUUUCUGUUGUACUCAAGAGUGCAGUCUUGAGAAAUAUUGCAAAAAAAACAUGCAAGUCAGCGGUUCUAAAGGACUCUGUACGAAACAUUGGUACAAGUUCCCUGAGACAUAGUUCGUUUAAAGUACAAGACCAAAAGGAUUUUCAAGAAAGGGUGAAGAACAGUAAGGUUCCCGUCAUCGUAGAUUUCUUUGCUACAUGGUGCAAUCCAUGUAGGAUGCUGGCACCACGUCUUGAAUCUGUUAUUGCAGAAAAGAAAGGGGAAGUCAUCCUGGCAAAAGUAGAUAUUGAUGAAAACACAGACUUAGCUUUAGAUUAUGAGGUGAGUUCUGUGCCUGUCCUGGUUGCAAUUAAGAAUGGGAAAGUGGCAGACCGAAUGGUUGGGUUACAGGAUACUGAUCAGCUUAGGAAGUUUGUGGACAGAGUAAUUGGUUAACAUUGUACUAGUGACUCCAUUUCAACCAGUGAUGAGGACCUUAUUAGAAAUUUAUAAAUAUCUUUUUUUUUUUAGCAUGGCUGAAUAAGUUGGAGUAACCAAGCAGUGUUGCUUACAUUAUAACCUUCUUGUACAGCAUGUUUAAAAUUAAAAUAUCUUAUACACUUUAAUUUUGAUUAAAUGUGAAAUAUGGGGAAGAUGUGUUUCAUUCACUAAGUGUUUUUUUAAACUUCACUAUUAUACAAAUAAAGUACAUGUAGUGUUAUGUAGCUUUAAUAAAAUGUGUGGCUUAAGAACUGCUUGAUACAAUUCAUGGCAGUAAAACCACAAGCAUUCAAAAUAUUGUAGCAGCCAAGAAAAAAAUCAUAAAUGUGGAAAUUGUCUCCCAUAACAGUGCAUGAUUGUACAUAAUACAUGUAUAUUAAAACGCAAUAAACUUAUACUAACUGAA